UUUUUUGGUGAGAAACAAGUGUGUAAAAACAAGUCUGUAGUGAGAAGAAGAGAAAAUUCAAAAAAGGCGAAGGACCCCAAACACGAUUUGCUGAGGUGAGGCCCGUUCAUUAUUUUCUUUCGGAGGGAAGGGGGUGUCAUUUUAAAGCCCGGUGGGUAAGAAGCACACAGCCCACACCAUAAUGCGAUGCUGAAAGAGGAGCGUUGGACAAAAAGCAGAAUCCCCCGUGUGCGUGCAUUUGUAAGUUUGUGGUGAUGCCUGGUGCGGCGACUCCAAAUAUGCUCCAACUCCACCUUCAGCUUCGUGCUGGACUUCCUCCCCACCCAUCCAUUAAUACAAACCCAAUUACUACUACCACCACAACUCCAAUUGCAAGAAUAGUCGACCCCCUUCUCACUCCAACUGAUCCCAACACCACUAAUCCCAAUCUCACUCGCAUUCACAACUGCAACUUCAUCAAUGCUAAAACCACCUUCAAAUUCAAAUGCCGCCGCCGCCGCCGCAUUCACAACGUUACUCCUUCUUCUACUUCAACUGCAGCAGCCAAUAGUAAUGAUUUCCAUCAACAAGACAAGAGCUUCUGGGGUGCUGUCACUCUGAUCAUCGGCACUGUCGUUGGUCCCGGCAUGCUCGGUUUGCCCGCUGCUACCAUCCGCUCCGGCCCCCUCCCCUCCACCCUUGCCAUCCUCCUCUGUUGGCUCUAUGUCAUCUCCUCCGUCAUCCUCGUCGCCGAGCUCAGCUUUUUCGCCAUGGAACAAGACGCCCUUCAAGAGGUCAGCUUUACCGCCCUUGCUUCCAAAGCAUUCGGUGGUCGUUUUGGCGCAUUUGUUGCUGUCGUCUAUGCCUCUUUGAGCUUUGCCUUGUUGGUCGCUUGCGUCUCCGGCAUCGGCUCAAUUGUCUCCCAGUGCUUUCCCCGCAUCAAUCUUGUACUCGCUCACGCUUUAUUUCCCCUUGCGGCCGGAUCGCUCAUUCUUUUGUUUCCUUUCAAUGCCAUUGAUGCUGCAAACCGUGUUCUGUGCUUGCUCAUCUUCUCCAUAACUUCACUCGUGGCCAUUGGCUUAUCCGUGGCCAGAACCAACCUGUUCGCUUCAUUUGGCCGUACCUCGUGGCGUCUUUCCUCCAUUUUGCCCGCCUUUCCGGUCCCCGUCCUUACACUCGGAUUCCAUGUCAUCACCCCUUUUAUUUGCAAGAUUGCUGGUAACACUGUAGCCGACGCUCGCAAGGCCAUACUCAUUGGUGGGGCUGUUCCAUUGAUGAUUGUGUUGGGGCUUUCUGGAUCCGGAACCAACGCCGCAGCAGCAGCCGGAGACCCUAUAUCCCUUCUGCUUUCCGUUAAUCUGUCUGCAGUGCAAGCAUUUGCCUUCUCCGCUUUGGCAACGAGCUUGAUCGGGUACGCUGUUAGCUUCCCGAAACAGCUUCUUGAUACUGUGGAAUUGAUUGCAAAAAUCAACCUCAAAAAUAAACAACUAGGAGUAGCUUCUUCUCAAGGCAAGGGUCUGGGAAGAGUUGGGUUUGCUGUUUAUUCAAAAAUGAGGCAUGAUGAUAAUAAUAUUGGAAAUGCAGGGAGGGCUUCUUUUACCACCGGUUCAGGUUCAGGGCGUUGUAUUGAUGCUUCUGAUUCUAAACCGGGAUCGAGCAUUAAUAUGAUAGUAAUGCCGCUGGUGCUCGGCGUUCCAGUGCUCAUAGCAUCUUUCUUUCCCUCCACCUUUUCCAGAGCUCUUGAUUUCGCCGGACUUUAUGCAAACUGUUUUCUGUUUGGCAUCCUCCCUCCAGCAAUGGCUUACAUACACCAAUCGAGGAAGAAAUCAAGGUCAUCCAACAUUUUACCAGGGGGAAAUGCUACACUUGCAAUCCUCUUUGGAAUUGCUGUCAUUCUGGGGAUUUGGCAUUAGCUAAAUUUAAUCACUUGAGGAAAUUACAAACUCAUUUGUUCUAGUACAUGCCUCUGCCUGGCCUGCCUGCGCGCGGUAAACAUUUUCAACUUGUCUGAUUGAAUAAGCAUGUC